GAGACUUUCAUGAUCUCAUUCAUUUUUAAUUUUGCCUACAGCCUACCCUCAGAGGGUCAUGCAUUUUAUUUCUUGGAUUGCUUGGAAAGGUGAUUUGAAGAAAAUAAUGUUCAUGGUGUCAGUGGUGUGGUAUGAAGCCAAUGUCAUGAUUCCUUUCGUUCAUCAGAAGCUGUGUGUGUGCACUGAAUAUAGGGGUUGGACAUCUCUCCAUUUUGAUUGACAGCACCAUGUGGUCAUGGCCUGCACACAUGUAAGGGUGCUAUUUCUGGGAAGGGGAGGGGGCACUCGCCGCCUUUCUUACUUGCUCUGUCUCGCUUGUUCUCCGUAACGGCAGUGAGAGGGGUUUGCUUUCGUGAUUUAAAAAAGAAAAAGUAUUUUUUUUUUUCGUUUCCUACCCGAUCUUUUUGAAGGAUUAUUGCUGUUUGUUUUUUCACGUUUGAUAAUGGGUUGCUGUUACAGCAAAGAGGUUAAUCCAAACUUAGUUAGUGAAAGGACCCGUCUUCUUCAGUCCAUGCUGCCUGACGGCUCCCCUAUUAAGGAAGGAACGAGGGACCAUGCACGUGCUGUGGCAGGACUGGCAGAAGUGAAGUGUGCUGAAAAUGGGAACAAGCUCAUCCCUGUGGAUACUACUAGCAACAUUACCUCAGAAGACUUGGCCACAUCUCUCGCUCCACUUGAGAAACACAGCAGCAGUGUACAGGAUGGGAUUUCAGUUUUGACCGAAUCUCUUGUGGGAGAUUCUUCUCUCAGUAAACCUACUUCCAUGUGCGAAAAAGGAAAGGAUUCAUCAAAAAGCAGAAAUUUGGAGAAAAAUGCCAAGGAUAUCAAGUUAGUUCGACCACAAAUCAAGCCGUGUACAGAGAGAGUCAUGUCAAAUUCUGUGAAAAGGAGAAUUGCUGAAAAUGCUGCCAUGAGGGCAAACUGGUUUAAGGAGUUGACCCCAUCUGGGACUUCAAACAUCUCAGACACUACCUCCAAAACAUUGACUGGGAGGUCACCUUACCAAAUCAGCAUGCUAAACUCUGAAGUUCAUUCAAACGAUGCCUCUAAAUUACCUGGAAAUGCUAAUGCAUCAAAAAAUGUGUUUACUGUCACCACUGAAGCGCUUCCAACUGGAAUUGGAAAAUCAGCCGAUUCAUCCACUGUUAGUGCCUACAUCUCAAGAAGUCAAGUGUCAGAUGUUGGAGAAAACGACGAUGGAAAUAGGAAGACAGUUGUUGCCCUGGAAGAAGAUUUUCGCACGCAAACAAAAUGCUUUUACAGCAUAUGUUCUAUUGAUGCAGAUGAUUUGGAGAUUGAGUGUGAACAAACUUCACUUGAUUGUGCCAGCAAUGCCAUGGACGUGGAUGUUGGACCAUUAAACGUAACCGUGGGUGGUGAGAUAUCCUCUUCAGUUUUAGAGUGUCAGUUGGCCACCUCUUGUCCAGUCAAAGAAGCUCUUUCUUCGGAUUCCCAAACUGGCUCUGAAGUACUUACAGAGCAUUCAGGGACACAGUGUCCCAAACAUGCACUGCUUCGGUCCAAAUCUCACAUAGAUGAUCCUAUUCUCCCUGAUCUCCUUCAAAUGUCUGUUCCCAAAGAAACGGUAUGCAAGUCUCCUGUAUGUGAAGUUGAGGACAAACUUCCACCACAUGGAAUCUUGAAUGAAACAGUAACUGACCUACAAGAAGUGGAGAAUGGUCAUGGUUCUAGUGAUGUCAGUGACGUCACUGUGGAAUUGACUCCUGAUUUGCUCGAAGGGAAGGGACAAGUGUCCAAGCUGGCUGGAGAAGAGUCACGGCAAGGGACUGAGGAAAGCGGCCUCCGUUCUGUAAAUCAGCAUGGCCUGCCUUGUGUUUACGAGGUGUCUGGUUACGAGCACAAACGGCAGCCUCAGCCCACUUCCCAGUUGAAUGAGCAAUUUGACAAUGUGUAUACAGCACAUGUGUCUGAAAGCACUCAUUUACAGGUCAAGUCAGUGCUUGAAGAUGACCAUUCAGGGGAGCUCUCCACUUGCCCAGCUGAACUUGUCUGUGAUGGUUUUGAAGGGGCAAGUGAAAUUCCUACAAAGAGCAGCCCUGUGGAUGAUAUGUCAGAAUAUUUUCACACCGAUAUUUUUGCUGGUUCAGGUGGGAUUGUUCCAAAAGCUGACGUACAGAUUUCUAAAACCGAGUCUGAGAUCCCUGCCAAACAACCCGAAGAUGACUCCUCAAACAAAAGCAUUAUUAUAGAGCAUAUGGCGGACACACCCCAGCUUGUAGGUAGGCCGUCGGGAGUUGAAGUAGGUCCUGGUCAGCAUGGUCUUAAAACUUUAGAGGAGUAUCCAAAGAAUGUAAGCCUGAUGACAGACUGGAGUGCAACAGCUCACAGCCAGCUGACAGAGUUGGAGAGUGCAUAUGAGAACUUGAGCGACGACACUGUUGAGGAACUUAUUAGUGUGAAGCUUAAACAGUAUGAGAAGUCAGAGCCUUGCUGGGGUUCAACUAAUGCAGGCCCCUCUGUGUUAUUGGAAAAUGAUGUACAUUCACAAGAUUAUGUUUGUGAUGAAAUUAACGAAAUACCAGAAUCAAGUUUGCCUGUUGUAGUUGCUGAAAAAAUGUCAGAAAGCAGUGCCGUUAUUGAACCCAACAUUUUAACGGUGUCCUGUGCACCAUCAACUGAAAUCCAGUGUGCUGUGGUACAAGAAGAAAUACCUGGUGACCAGAUGGAACACAUUUCUGACAGCAUGCAGAUGAAUGAUUUUAAUUGGUCAAUGUGCAGCACACCAGAAUCAUCAGCAUCUACUGAUUACAUGUGUGUGUCUGAGGCCUUAAGAGAAGAGGACCAUCUUUCCAUGCCUGUUCCCAUAUCAACCUCCCAGGCUGAGGUUGUUGAGGCACAGUGUGAAAUGCACUGCCGGGAAAGCUCUGCUGGUGAAGAUAGAUAUGCCACAUCUGAAUCAGUUGAAAUGGAGAGCACUGUCAACCUAAACACGACAAUACCUGCAAUAGUAGAAGAGCACUCUGAACAUUGUGUUGAUGUCAGUUCUAGAGUCACAAGUGACCUCUCCAGCUCAACGGAAGAGUUUUCUGACUCAUUUUCAGGCAAUGAACCUCUCCACACAGACCCAGUAUAUGAGGAGCAUGUCAUUGCUGAAUAUUUAUUGUCAAGGGAUUUUUCCUCUCCUCCUAAAAAAAUAGUUUCAAUGGGAAUUGAAGAACCUCUGAUUUUAAACCAGUCUUCUAACCAGCAGGAACAGAUUGAAUCCAGUCCAGGUGAAGCACAAGAAUGUACUGAGAAGGGCUCUGAUGAAACAUUUGUAAUAAAUUACCCGAGUCUUUCUGAAGAAGGUGGGCAUUCUAUGGGCCUGAAUGCAAGUCUUAGUGUUUUUUUGCCAAAGACUGUAGCAUCAGAACAACCACAAGUUGCAGCAUUGGGGAGGCCCCUGGCAGAGGGUGCGCCAGUCAGCCUUUUAUGUGCAGAUGAUGAAGGAAAAAACCUUGAGAAUUCGGUACACGCAUGCAUUUUGCCAAUGUCUGGGAUGCCAGAAUUAUCAGCCAUCGCAGAGCGCAUGUAUCUGUCUGAUGACUCCACACAGGGGGACCGAUUUUUGUUUUCUGUCCCCGAUUCUGAAUCCUCUGAAGUCAGUGAGGUAACUCCAUAUAAAAUGCUGAGUCAAGGUACACUGGGUGUAAAGGAAGCGGCAGUACUUGAAGGCGAACACGGCACACUUCCUGUUAGAUCUGUCAUCGUGCAACAAGACAAACAGUGGCUAACUAACUUUGAUGCCACCAGUGAAAACCCUCAGGCCUACAUAUUAAGUGGUCCUUUACUUGCCAUGUGCAGUGAAUCUCCAGAUCCUUGUGGUCCAAAAAUGCAGACAGACUUCGAUGUAAGUGGGGCUCUAGAGGAAGAUGUCACAACCAGCAGUUUAGACCAGCCAAUUGCUCUGGAUGUGGAGCCCGAUCAAGUGGAUGCAAAUGCCACUUUGCCGUCUUAUGAAAUUCAUCUGACAGAUGGGAAACCACUUGCUGUCCCUUCAGAUAAUAUGGCCAGUACAGAAGAAGCCGAUGGAGAGCAAGGAAUGCUUAACCUGGUGUGUGACCUUCUGGAAAAAUGUGACUUUAACGGAGACGCUACUGAUGCAAGCCAGUACCUGUCCGCAUGGUCCCAGGAGAGUCAUGAAACGAUUUGUUCUGAUCCAACCUCAGAAUAUGUCCUCGAUCCUGCAUGGGAAUACGGAUUCUGUAAUAUGGCUCCAUGUGAAGAUGGUGAAGAUGCCUCUAAGGAUAAUCUUCAGGGCUUCCAGACCUUCAUGGCAACCCAUCCAUGUAACCUUUUGGCCCUCGAUGGUACAUGUGUUUGGGACUGGCAGUCUGAUAACCUUGAUCUUGAGUCUGGCAAGGUCUCUGACCUUAACCCAAAUGCAAAAGCGUGGGCCAACCAUGUUCCAAACGUAGAGGCGUCUGGAACAGCCUACACAGACACCUUGCCGCCAUGGACGAAAUCGAUUAAUGGCCCGGUGGAUGCUGUAACGGAAGGCUACGACGCAGGUUGUGAGCAGCAACAUGCAGCCCUCUCCAUGGACACCGCCCUGACAACACUGACGAAGCCAGUGGACAUGGAGUGUGUUGCCAAAGACUCAAAGCAGCAGUCCGGCCUGGCAGGUGGGAGUGAGAGAGAGCCCUCUGGCCAGUCAGAGGACCUCCGGGAGAAGUUGAAAGCCACACUGGAAUUCUGCUUGUCACGGGAGAAUCUCGCCAAUGACAUGUACCUCAUCUCUCAAAUGGAUAGUGACCAAUACGUGCCAAUUGUCACUGUGGCCAAUCUCGAUCAAAUCAAGAAGCUCAGCACUGACGUGGAACUCAUCUCUGACAUUCUGAAGUCUCUGCCUCUAGUCCAGGUGGAUAAGUGUGGCGAGAAGGUGAGGCCCAACCAGAACCGCUGUAUCGUUAUCCUGAGGGAGGUUCCUGAGGCCACUCCUGUGGAGGAAGUAGAAGCGCUCUUCACGAGUGACAACUUGCCCAAGUUCAUCAACUGUGAGUUUGCAUACAACGACAACUGGUUCAUCACCUUUGAGUCCGAGGCUGAUGCACAACAGGCAUACCAAUACCUUCGAGAGGAAGUAAAAACCUUCCAAGGGAAACCCGUAAAGGCCCGCAUAAAGGCCAAAGCCAUCGCUAUCAAUACGUUUGCACCAAAGAACGGCUACCGACCGGUUGACGUGUCUGCCAACGUGCAGCAGCAGCAGCAGCAACAGCAGCAGCAGCAACAGCAGCGCUACCAGUCUUACUACAUGCCCCCCAUUUACGGAGCACAGCAACAGUUUCCCCCUCUCUACCGACUAGUAGCCCCCCAGGGCUGGUCCACCACACAAGGUUACUUGGAUCCUACUAUGCAGGUGGCUCCAUUUCCAAAUCCAAGCUUCAUCAAUGGCUUUCCAGGAUCCCAUAACUUCAAAUCGGCCACAUCCCCUCUGAAUAUCAGACAGUUCACGCCGAGAAACAGAAAUCACAACAAACCCCACGUUCGACCGAAUACACUGGGGCUGGACCGAGGCGUGGGCAUUCUUGACAACCCUUCCCCUUUCCCCAGCUUCCCUGCUGAUCGCGUGUCCAAUGGGGCGCGCGCCCCUCCUCCACCCCACCACGUAGGCUCUGGUCGCCCACGCCUGCCCUCGGGUCUGCCUCACCCUCGACGGGAGCAGAUUGGCAGCGGGCGCAUGGAGCCCAACGGGGCCAGCACAUCCCUCAGUGCUACCCGUGGCAGGAAAAAUGUAUAUGGCAAUAGGAAGAGGAGGGAUGAGAAGUUUACACGAGCCACCACACAGUCCCCUCCCCCAGCUCCAGAGCGUUCCCCCUCGCCCAGUUUCGAAUUGGGCCUGUCAAGCUUCCCACCCCUCCCUGGUGCCGCAGGACAGCUGAAGCCUGAGGUCAAACCCGAAGUCCCUGCGGAGACUAGACUGUCUGCUAUUGUCACUGGAACCACUAAGACUGACAAGCCACUGAGUAAGGAUCUGGUCAACAGCCGUUCGGUGGCUUUGGUGUCUCCCAAAGAGCUACCACAACCUGCUGUGGCCCCGCCUCCCCAGGAACUUAAGCCGCCGCCACCCACAUCUCCAGCACUCUCCCAAGACACUCCGAAGGCUCCUCUGGAAAAGCCCAAGGACAACCCCUUAACUGCAGACAAGACGCUGGCACCAGGACCAUCACUGACUACUCCUGCUCAGCCUACCACGACCACCACCACCACAACGAUCACCACCCCCGGCCCCACCCCUGCUACAAAGCAGGAGCCGCGGAAGCCCAGCUACGCAGAGAUCUGCCAGAGAAUACGGGAAGCUCCCCCCACCCACCAGGCCGCCGCCGAGGCCCGGCCGGCUUCUGGCGACGAGGCCAGAGCCCCUCCUGACUCCAGCGAGCCCAGAGCCAAGGAGGUGAAGCCUGCCGCUGCUGCUGCAGGGCGCCCCCGAGAGGCCUGGAGGCCUCAGACAGACGGCGGCGGAGAGAGACUCUGCAGCGAGCCUGCUGCGACCUCGCCCUCCUCCUCGCCCUCUGAGCACCACACCUGAAGAGGCCGAGCAGAGCAGCUGAACCUCCUGCAAGGACUGGAAACCUGAGAAGCAGAAAUGACCUUAACACCGCAUCACUACCAACAUCACCACCAUCCACAGCCCAUCCAGUGUGGGAGGGCUGCAGCAUUUAGAACACCCCACAACCAUGCACGCACAUGAGACACACACACACACACACACACACACACACACACACACACACACACACACACACACACACACACACACACACACACACACACACACACACAAACACACAGCAGCUCCUACUUGUUAAUCAAGACUGUCUCUGCUCCCUCUACUGGUUUCUCACUAGAGAUGCUUUUCUCUCCUAUCCACCACCCCUCCCCCUCUGCUCUGCUCUGCUCUGCUCUGCUCUCCUCUGCCCUGCAUUCCCCACCCCCCCUGCCCCCCUAACAUGUAUUAAUGACAGCAGCUCAUUACUGGAAUCAGCAGCAUGGACGCCAGAAGCAUUUGUGGGUACAGAGGCAUUUCCUUUUGUGUGCGUGUGUGUGUUUACGUUCUUUAUUAACAUUACUGUUUUGUUUUUUCUUUUAAAAGGACCGAGAUAAGUACUGGUUCUAAUAUAAAAGUAUGUACUCUGAUUAGUUUGGCACGGGCUGACGCAUUUUUAAUGUAGCUACGUGUUGAUGAUAGAGGUGUGGAAAUUGGAUUAGUGCUGUUUUCUUUUUCCUUUUUUUCUUACAUCUCUGUAUUGGUCUAUAUUUUAUAUCUUUUUCUUUCCUUUUCUUUUUUUAACCAGGGUGACGUUACAGACUGCACUGGUCUUUUCUUUUCUUUUUGUGCAACCGUUUUGUUCAAUCUCCUUGAAAGCAGAUGUUGUAGCCAUGUUCUGCAUGAUUGAAAUAAUCUGAAAAGAAAUGCUCCCUCAGUUCUUUUAUUUAUUUACAGUUGUACAAAUCAGCACUGGAGAAUUAGAUAAUUUUUUUUGUAAUUAAAAAAAAAUCACCAGCACACAAUAACACCUUUUUGAAUGAAUUGUGUUUGGUGGGAGUCGUUGCUGGUGAGAAGUAUUCCACUGUCCUGUAUGUUUUUUUUUUCUUUCUUUUUUUCUUGUCUUUUAUUUUAAAGAUGUAUCUAAUUUUAAGUGAGCGCCUUACUUUUGAAGUUGUGUGUGGGUGAGAUAUUUUUUCCUUUCUUUUAAUUAAUAUUCUUUCAAUGUGGAAGUCAAAAAGUACUGCACACUGAGUCCUCAGGAGGGGGGGAUCGCUGGGUCUUCGGGCUAACGUAGGGUAGCGUAUAAAGCAGGGUUUGAGGGGGUGGGGGGUGUUCAUGUGCCUAGCCUGUUUUCCGUCUUGUGUUGAAACUGGCAUCUGUUCUCUUAAAAUCUUUACUCAUGCUGAUGUGGUGCUAAUUUGUGGUUUCUUCUGUACGUUUUGUUUUCCCCCUGUUCGUUUCCUCUUUUGUUUCUGGCAGGAAAACAAACAAAAAUAAGACGGUUCCACAUUAAGCAGUCCAUUUUGAGACCCACCCUUAUAUAGCUAUCUCUACAGGACUUGACUUGGUGCUCAGGCAGAGGCACAGAAAAACUAUGUGGAACCAGCAUUUUCCUUCCUCCCUCCUCUUCUGCAUGUACCCCCACCCUUUUUGUGAACUCUGACAUUGUUUUGGUUAGUGUCAACUGUUCUUUUUUUUUGUUAACCCUUUUGUCUCCUUGUCAAGUGUUGGUCCCUUCUCCAUUUGGUAUGGUCCAGUCAAACCACAGAAAAGCAGGUCUCCUCGCGGAUGUCUUCCUGACAAAGGUGGGCUCUGAACUUCCUCUCGGUCAAUAUAUCGCUCUUGGGACAUCUUCCUGCUUUUGCCUUCAAAGGUUAAGAAGACAUUGACGUUUAGCCAUUUUUGUUUGUGUGUGUUUUGUUUUUUGUUUGUUUUUUAAUUAUUUAUUAUUUCGAUUUCGUUUUCGUUUCUCUUCCCACACCGAUCUGCAAGGCUGAAAUUUGAAACAUGGUGGGGUGAAGAGUUAAGGAGGUUGAAUCCCUAUUCUGAGAAAUACAAGGUUGAUUCACGCAACCCUUUCAGUUACUUUUUCAAACAUGCAGAAAAGGGUGACCAUGAUAAAAAGAAGAAAAAACUAAACUUAACAAAAAAAAACUUGAAUUUAUUUAAACUUGAAGACGUUUGCCUUAACUGUUCAGCUAAUCACUUGGAGUUUUGUUUUGAUUAUACAAAUCAAAAUAAUAUAUGUACCACACACAUACUCGACUUCUUUUCCCCCCCCUUCUUGACACCGCCACCCCAAAAGGUUUUGGAGCAAAAAGAAAUGUUAACAUAGCCUUUUGUCACUUGUCCUGCUAAGUUACUUUCUGUCUUUUCAAACUCCAAUAGCAGAGCACACUUGGGAUUUCGUGAAGAAAGAAAUGGAAGAAUCUCAGUUGGCUGUUGAUUCAGUUCUUUGAUUUUGUUUUUUUCUUUUUUGUAAAUGCAAAUAGUUGAUACUGUAUUAAAUAUGUGCACUCGUGUGUACGAUGUCUGUACAGAUGUAAAUAAUUUGAAAAGAAAAAAAAUAUUAGAGGUACCCUUACAUUGGUUUAAAAAGGAUUAAAAAAAGAUGUAUCAAAAUAAAUGUCAAUGCUGAAUUGGA